AUAUAUGUUAUCUAUUAUCUAUGACCUAUGAUAAUAGUAGUUAUGAAGAAUCAACAUGGCAGAUGUACCUAGCGAAGCUCCCGAACAUUGUCCUGGAACUCAAAGUGAUAAUGCUGGCAAAGCUUCAGCUUGCGCAGGAUGCCCAAAUCAAUCAUUGUGCUCAUCUGGAGCCACUAAGCAACCAGAUCCUGGCGUAGAACUUGUCAAAGAAAGAUUGUCCUCAGUACGGAAUAAGCUAUUAGUGCUUUCAGGCAAAGGAGGAGUUGGCAAAAGUACUGUGACAUCAUUGAUAUCCAGAUGCCUUGCGGCAAAUAAUUCCGAAAGAAAUAUUGGAGUAUUGGAUAUUGACAUUUGUGGACCAUCGCAACCAAGAGUACUUGGAGCACUUGGUGAACAAGUUCAUCAGAGUGGAUCAGGAUGGUCACCUGUAUAUAUCGAGGAUAAUUUGUCAUUGAUGUCAAUUGGAUUUUUGCUAAGCAGUCCCAGUGAUGCAGUUAUAUGGAGAGGACCAAAGAAAAAUGGUAUGAUCAGACAAUUUCUGUCGGAAGUUGACUGGGGUACUUUGGAUUAUCUUAUACUGGAUACACCACCUGGUACAUCAGACGAGCACUUAUCAGCCACAUCUUAUCUCAAAGGAACCGGCAUUACAGGUGCCGUAAUCAUUACAACACCGCCGCAAGUUGCACUUUUAGAUGUCAGAAAGGAAAUCGAUUUCUGUAGAAAAGUAAACAUUCCAAUCUUGGGUGUAGUUGAGAACAUGAGUAUCUUUGUAUGUCCUAAAUGCAAGAGUACUGCAGAAAUAUUCCCAGCUUCGACAGGUGGUGCACAAACAAUGUCAAAGGAACUGAAUGUAGAGUUCUUAGGCUCGAUACCUCUGGAUCCAUUGCUAGCCAGAUGUUGUGAUGAGGGUAAAAAUUUUGUAACAGAAAUGCCGGAUUCACCAACUGUUAGUGCUUUAAAUAAAAUUUGCAAACGUAUUGUUCAAAAAUGUGAAGAAGAAAAAGAGAACUGUCCUAAUAAUUCCAUGCAAAAUAUGUAAAUACAUUUUUUGUAUAAAAAUUUAUAUACAAAUGUACUGUUUGUUGCUGAUUAAAAUCUACGAUAAAAAUCUAAA